AUGGCGACACAAUCUGCCGCAACACCAGAAGAUGUGGACGACAAAAUGACAGUCGACAAUGAAGAUGACUUCGAAAAUGCAUCGGUCAUUGCUAAAUCCAAUGCCUUAGCGACUGAUGGAGCAACAUGUGAGUCAGCUCGCUCUCGUGAAGUAGAUAAUCAAGAUCAUUUCUGUGUGCAAAUGGUAUUGAAGCGCAAAGACUACAUCAAAAUUGUUUGUAUUUCGGAUACACACAACGGACAUAACAAGGCUAAUUUUGAUCGUAGAAUGAAACGAAUGCAAGGGGAUAUUCUUAUUCAUGCGGGAGACUUCGGUGAAGAUGGCUCCAAAACUGAAGUAAACAAUGCAUUUCGAUGGCUGUGCUCAUUGGAUAAUUUCAAGCAUAAAAUCUUUAUUUCUGGUAAUAUGGAUGGCAUUGGUUUGGAAAAGCGAAACCUUGGUAAGAAAAAUCAAAAAGAUCGAGAAUUUUACUCCAAGAAAAACAAUGUAACCUAUUUGGAAAAUGACCAUUGUGUAGUAGAAGGUUUGAAAAUCUAUGGAUGCCCCUAUACACCAAAAUUUGUUGGUGGAUUUCAAUAUCAACGUCAAUCAAGCGAUGCUAGAAUAUUAUGGAAAAAUAUUCCAGAAGAUUGUGAUAUUUUGGUUUCUCAUGGACCUCCUGCCGGUAUCCUGGAUAAGAGCUCUAGAGGUUCACAUGUCGGUUGUGCUGAUUUACGAGACGCAAUCUCGCUUAGACCAUCAUUAAAAGCUGUUGUGUUUGGCCAUGUUCAUCAUUCGUAUGGCUUUCGUCAGAUAAACAAAACCUGGUUUAUCAAUGCCGCACAAUACAAUGGUAUUUAUAGCGAUGAUAAUGAAAAUACGCCAAUUGAAAUUUUUGUUCUACGCGAUGACAAUACAAUUCAUCAUGUGAUUCGUUCGUGA